GCAACCCAGACUCAUUUACCUGACGAAUGAAGCUACUACACCUGUGUUCGAAGAACUCGCGCUGACAUGGCGAGGUGUUGUGAACAGCCUGGCUACAAAAAAUGUCUUAUGAGUGUCCUGUGUAUUGGUUUCGCCACUUCAAUCUUGUGGAUGUUUAUCAUGGGAAAUGGUUUCAACUUGAACAUGGAAAUGCUGAAAAACACAUUUCAAAGGAGGCCCAUCGAACUGUCCAUUAGAAAAGGAAAUCAAUCAUCGGUUAUUGCUAACCAUUCAGAGGGAGAGAGCACCACGCCUAAAGAGACGUCUGCUAGAAAACAAAAUACUUCUGCAAAAGUGAGAAAAUUAAUCUUAUUAAAAAACAACCCACGAUGGAGUCUACAUUCGAUUGUAGUCAGACAACUUUCUUUAUGUUCUGCUAAGUGCACACUCGUAAAGUCUGGCAAUAACCUCAGCGCUUUUGAUGCUAUUAUAUUCAACGCAGUGGGUUAUCCAGAAAACCUUCCACCUAGAAAGGUCCCAGGACAAGUGUGGAUUUAUUUCACACUAGAAUCUCCAUACUACAGCGAUGACUAUAAGUUUAACAGGCCGGAAUGGAGACACAAGUUCAACUGGACUAUGACAUAUAGAGCAGAUUCUGACAUAUGGAAUCCGUAUGGACGUAUACUUAAAAGAGAAAAACCUAUACAGUUAGAUUUUAAAGGACUAACGAAAAAUAAAACCAAACUGGCAGCGUGGUUUGUCAGUAACUGCAGAACGCCAGGCGAACGUCAUAAAUACGUCCAGAAGAUGAAGAAGACGAUUUCAGUUGACAUUUUCGGAGGUUGUGGAGAUAAAAAAUGUCCUUCCAAUAAUGGCACCUUCUGCGGUCAGAUGCUUUCUCGGGACUAUAAAUUCUAUUUGGCAUUUGAAAACAGUCUCUGUUAUGACUAUUUGACAGAAAAGGUAUUUCAAUACAUCACACAACAAAUUGUCCUUGUGGUAAGAGGAGGUGGAAAUUACAGUAAAUUUUUACCUCCCAAUUCGUUCAUCAACACAGCAGAUUUCAAGAGUCCCAAGCUCCUUGCUGAAUAUCUUCUCUACCUGGACAAAAACCACACGGCGUAUGUGGAGUAUUUCAAGUGGAGGAAUCAUUACUAUGUGGGUACAAAUGAGUCGCCUGGUUGUCUACUUUGUAAAAAGCUGUCAAAUGCUACAGCCUAUGCCAAUGUCUAUAACGACAUUUACUCUUGGUGGCAUAAAGAUACUUGCAAGCAACGACAGGAUUUGAGUGCUUGAAACAACAUACAUUGUAGCCCGAGUACGCCGCCAUUCUAGAGCUAGAUGGAUGUUUGGGCGAUGUCGGAUAUCUGCUUUAUCCUGUGAAGGUUUCUCAUUCGGUCUGAACAAGAUAAAGCAGAUAUCCGACGUCAUUAACUAGUUAUUAUUUUUAUCCCGCAGACCAUACAAAUUAAGGGGAAAAGCUAUUAUUUCUGUUAUUUCAUCCACAUUGUACGAUGACCUCAGGGGCGGAUCCAGGAAUUUUAGCAGGGGGGUGUCCAGUGUGGAGCCUUUGAAGGCCCCCCCCCUCGAUAAGAAAUUUUCAUAUUUGAAGAUAGCUUUAGAUGGAUUUGAAGUAUAUUCCCGUUGUCAAGAUCAACUCUCUGGUCACGAGCGUGGGGGGGGGGG